AAGUACACAAUCUAGUUCGAUAAACACCUAACACACUUUAGUUCAUAAAAUAUCUAUUUUCUCAAAGAACAGUGCAUCCAUUUGGGUACAGAGAUGCUCAUUCCAGAGGUGGACAUGUGGAAUGUGUCCAAGAGUAGCCGGAUACAUCGCCUUUCCAUCUUCAAUUGCGAUAAGCCUGGACUGAAAGUGUUGGACUACUCCGCCGUGCGGGGAGUGGAUAGGUUCUACUUGGAGUGCCAGGACUACAGGGACUAUUUCAAAGAUCCCUAUAAUCGAGUCCACAAGCCAAAGAGGUUCACCACAUAUGCAGGCAGGUGCGACGCCAAGUUGGAUACCGAAGUCGAGAUCCUUUCGAUGCCGACCUCCUGGCGUACUGAUCGCCAGCCCAUCAUCUAUCCCAUCGACUAUCACUCGGAUAUGGCACUUGGCAGACGGGACUGCGAUCACAUCAAGGCCUUCUGUUCCCCAGCCGAGAGCCUGAGCUUCAAGCGAUAGGUUCCUCCAAGAUUGGAUGUUACCUUUUUAGCAGUUUAAAUACAGUUUAAGCAUGG